AUACUGUUUAAACCCACCGUAGUCGUUUGGGUGGGCAGUGAGCGUGAAUAUCGGGUCCUUAGGGUUUUCUUUACUGCGAGUAGUGCUGGAAAACUGAUUCGCCUCAUCUCUUUUCGCAUUAGUUUAAUCAAACUUCCACGAUUAGCAAAAACGUAUCAAAUCUGGUGUAUCAUCAUAGUCAUCUCCUUUUUUUAAAUCCACUGCUGUUGUGCGGUUGUGCCUGCCUGCCUGCCUGCGUUAGGUGUCGGGAGCGGAAGGGCGAUUGAGGAGGAGACGGUUUCCGAUUGCAAAUGCCGGAGGAGGAUUUGGUAGAGCUCAAGUUCCGGUUGUACGAUGGAUCGGAUAUUGGUCCGUUUCGGUAUUCCCCCGCUUCUACUGUAGCUAUGCUAAAGGAGAGAAUCGUUGCCGAAUGGCCUAAAGAUAAAAAAAUUGCACCCAAGGCAGCAAAUGAUGUAAAAUUGAUCAGCGCUGGGAAAAUUUUAGAAAACAGCAAGACUGUUGGUCAGUGCAAGAUGCCUUUUGGAGAGCUACCUAAAGGUGUAAUUACCAUGCAUGCUGUUGUACAGCCAUCUGUAGCUAAAGCAAAAUCAGAAAAGAAGAUCGAGGAGGCUCCAAAGAAAAACAUGUGUUCGUGCUCCAUAUUGUGAAUGAGAUUUGUUGGUGUGGGGAUUGUGAAUCAAGUAUUCCUCAAACAAACAAUAAUCUGUAAACAGUAUUAUACCUCAUGGAUGGAGAUAUUCUUAUAUAUAUAUAUAUAUAUGACCUACACAUUCUGUACCAACCAACAUAAACGUGUGUAGUUAGUUGCCGUGGGAAAGGAUUUUUACCUAAUCUCUUCUCGAUCUCCCAAUGUAAUUGCAAUGCUGCCAUAUGUUUCAUUCACUGCUUCAAA